GAUAAAUCAGCGAUGAAUUCAUUCAUUCAUUCGUCUUUCCGUUCGCACAGUCCAUCGCUUAUUCAUCCACCCACUCGCCGGACACUGUCUGUCUGUCAGCCAGUCAGUUACUCUGCAUCUCGGCAACAGAGACCCAAGCCGAGCGCACCUCCGCUGGCAGCACCGUCUGCAGACAGACAACACAGUCCGUGCGGCUACGUGUGUGUGUGUGUCUCCUUUCUGCGCAAGUGAGUGUGCACCUGGUCCGUCAGCUGCGUUGGUCUGCGGUGACACCUGCGUCCACAGCUCUGUGUCGGGACCAACCUGCAGACAUACACGAUGCACACGAGACACGGCGCAAGGAGGGUGUGUUCGUGGUGCGUGGGAUGGGUGGAUGGAUGGACUGACGUAUCCGUUGCCUCUCGCAACUUGGUAGCCUGCAUUCGGAAACGACAGAAGCCUUGUGGAUGUGUGCGUGUGUGUAUCGUGUGGCUGUCCAUCCAUCACCUCCAGAAUGCAGCUCGAGCGAAUUGCAGAUGUGGUAGCCUGCAGACAUCACGACACAGCUGCAGGCUACCACAUUAUUUCCCGCACAUAGCUCACCGGCCGGGCACGCAGCGACGGCCUCAGAGAGUGUGCAGUUGAGGCAUGCCAGCCGGAUGAACGAGGGCUCAGUGCCGCCGAGCGCCGGCGCCGCCUCAGCCUGGAUCUCGUCACGCCCCAAAGGACGGUUGUAAACGCGCAGCUCGUCCAGCAGAAGGGGAACUAUGCAUACGCGCACACACACAAUGGACACAAAGCAAAACGGCAAACGCAGGAACAUCAUGCGAUGGUGUGGAUGAAAUCAAGGGCCGCACCCACUCACCGUCGCAGAGUGGUUGUGUCAGUGGAGUCGAGCCGACGUACAAUGGUAAUUCAUUGGCGCGAGACACACCUGACAAACAACAACCGACACCCAACCCUCUCAGUGUGGUGUGUCUCUCAUUCUGUGUCUCGCUUUACCAGCCGUCUUGACUUUAGCGUCGAGUAUGCCGUUGACAUACAGCCGAAGCUUGUCGCCGUGGCGCACAAGUGCCACGUGUGUCCAGGUGUGAUGGUUCAGCCGCGCAUUACUAACGAGACUCUCGCCCUCCUCGCCGCUGUUUGCGGUGGUGGUGACGCGGGCCCUGAGCCGCUUGUCGGUCUUGUGCAGGGCGAUCUCAGGAUGGUACUCGAACGAAUGCACAUCGGGAUUGGCGACGCCCUUGUGCAGCAAUGGGCACCUGCAUGGAUGGCAUGAUAGAUGAAAGGUGAGGGACAGUUGGUGGUGACACCACAACUCACCAUCUGAGGCCCUUGGUGUCUGUCGUGUCAGCGUCGUUGGCCCGCAACAGAAACAUCCAGAACGUCACCGAGAAGUCGGCACUCUAAGACCACACAAACAAACAAACAAAGAAAUGAAGCAGCAAACAAACAAACAGACACGCACAUCAUCAUUGCACAUUUCUCACACACAUCGAAGUGGGGCGAGUGCGGCACGGUCAUCAUCUGCUGCUGCAGAGUGACAAACGACACCAAAACACAGAUGAUUCUUGGCUGUUGAGUCAGUGUCGACUGUCAACGUUGACUGUCUGGAUCUUACCCGAAACAGCGCCGAAGACCCGACGCCACCAAAGGCCGGCGCUGCAAAGAUGCUGCCCGACCCAUGAUGAGCCAAUCCCGACGUGUCGACGGGCUCCGACUCAUCGAACGUGAAGUGGGCGAUACAUCCCUCCUGCCGUGCGGCGGGAAGGAUCACUCGCUUGCCGCUGUGCAAGCAGAUGGAUCCCUCAAUUUCCACGUCACACUGGGGAGCCGUCGACGUGUCGGACACCAGCUCGCCGCUGGCGAGUGCGCGGAUGUCGGGAGUGGCUGCCUUCCCAUUGGCAGCGGAGAAACUGCAACACAAACGGCGAAGUUGGCAGAACGCGAUGACUCGGUGCAGGUCUGUGGUCUUACUGGUGCGAUACGGCUGCCAGGUGGGAGGAGGAUGAGAUCGUUGUGAAGAUGGAUGCCACAAGCAACAGAAUGGCUCCCUUCAUGGUGAAAUUGGAUUCAAAAAAG